AUGGUCUAUGAUCCUAAGCAGAAUAAGUGGUUAAGCCGUAGCCCGAUGUUGCAGAGGAGAGUGUAUCACUCCAUGGCUGCCGUCCAAAGGAAACUUUACGUGUUAGGUGGGAACGAUCUCGACUACAACAACGAUCGGAUCCUGGUUCGGCACAUAGACUCCUACAGCAUAGAUGCUGACCAAUGGACGCGUUGCAGCUUCAACAUGUUGACAGGUCAAAAUGAGUCUGGAGUUGCUGUCCACAACGGCAGGAUAUAUUUAGUUGGCGGCUAUUCGAUUUGGACAAAUGAGCCUUUGGCAUGUAUCCAGGUGCUGGAUGUCAGCAAGGAAGGGAAGGAAGAGGUGUUCUACGGGCCUACGCUCCCCUUCGCUUCCAAUGGAAUAGCAGCAUGCUUUCUUCCAGCUCCUUAUUUCACGUGCCCCAACCUUCAGACCCUGCAAGUGCCUCACCACAGGAUCAGCGCAAUAGCGGAGCUGCGGCUGCAGAGCCUUUGCCUGGCACACCGAGUGCUGACCAGGUCUGCACGCAAAGCCAGCCUACAGCCGGGCAGUGCUGCUCUCUACCUGCAUGGGGCCUGCCUCGUAGCUUACCACAGCUGUAGCUAUGAGGUCAUUUCUGAACUGCUCCUUCUGGAGAGCAAGGGGAGGGAUUACGAUGGGGCUGGCAGGACGCUGAGCAGGGGCAGCGAGCUGGGACAGAGGCCGGGGUUUGAGAAGCGGAGGGAGAAGCCUCCUCCUGCAAAGCAGCACGUGCCUCUUGGUUCAGGGACCAAAAGGCAGGAGCGUAUGGCAAGAAAGUUGUUUAUCAUGACCUACGGGACAGAUGGGAGUGCUUUGCUGCACCUGAAGUCAGAAAAAUGCCACAUAGCCCUUGCCAGGCAAGCAAAAACCAGUGAUAUAUUGCCAGUCGCCAUUCAACAGUACAUUGAGAGCUACUCCUCAGAUGCAUGA